AUGUCCUCGAAAGCUGAAAACAAUAAAAGGGAAAAACAAGAUUCUCUCGCUUCGCCGACUAAUUCAAGCGAACAUUUAUUGUCGGUAAUCUCGAACUUGUACUUAAAUAUUGGGCAACGUUUGCAUUUGGAUUUCGCGCCAUACUGUCUAGAUGAUCUAACCUAUUGUCAUCACCGUCAUAAUCACGCCGAUAAACCGAAGAUGGCAUCACGUAGUCAGCUCCACGCCUUACGCAUAGCUUUCGAACAACUUCGUUACGUGACAUCAAUUAACUUAACUACCGACAUGUGCUUGCGUGGGGAGUUUCCAGGUGUUUCGUGUUUUAUAAACCUUCUCGAAUCAAUUUUAAGCGUCAAUUGUACGAUUGAACAAAAACCAAAUAUUACGUUGCAGCAAUGUUAUAACAAGUAUAUCGAAUUAUUCUUAAUGAUUGUUCGUACUUUUCCACCUUGUUGGCAGGGAAUGAGACAUCAUUAUAUAGAUUUUUUGAAUCGUGGUCUCGACACUAGAAAGUUGUCUUCAAACGAGGAGACACUACCUAGCAAAUCUUCAAAGGUUUGCGAUAUACUUUUGGAUUUAUUAGAAGAUUUGCUGAAAAUAUGUUCACCCUCUGAUCUUUCAUCUCCGCAAGGUGACGCUAUAAAUAUGCCGCCAACUUUCAUGGACGCAAAUCCAGCUGAUUCGUUUCGCGAUGACAGCUUUUCGUCUGAAUACGAACAGCAUGAACGUCAAUUGCAUACGAAUGUUGCUUUAACGUUAGUUCAGCGUUUGGAACGCCUUUUUGUGGCACUAAGUUUAAUAUUAAACGCAUUGGAAUAUGAUUUAGCUACGUGGUUGCUACAGUAUAAUAAAAAUCCCAACGACUGCAUUUGUUCGGAAAACGGCCCGUUAAUAGUAGCGGUGUGUGGGUUGACACAAUUCACACGUAUGACCAAAAUGGUCAGACGAAUUUUCACCGUAUUCAGUGACGCUGUAGCUAAGAGCUUGUGUAAAUCCAGGUUACAAGUUUUGGAACGUUACAUAUCCUUGCUUAUGGUUGCCAGUAAUACAAUGGAUAUGGAAAAUACAGUCAAUGGCGUUAAGUACCCCGUUUUAGGAGACAAAACACGACUUUUAAUAAAAGAUUUUUUUGAAAUAUUCAAAGAAUAUAACCGCGGAGACGUCACUAGUUACAUGGAAACUAUUGAAUUGCUGCGCAUAUCUUUUGUGCGCUACGAAUUUAUCGACAGUCUUUUGUUUGUUAAUUCGGAGCCCUUAACACCGCAAAAAAUUGCCCUAGAUAUGACAAAGAAACAUUGGUUAAAACCCAAGGAAGACAUAUCGUGUGAACAAUAUUUGCAUUUAUCUUUAAAUGCUUUGCGUAGCUAUUGUGAUUGGCAUGGUCUCAAGACAUAUGUUAUCACAAAACCGGGGAAAAUUGCGCCUCUUACCACAGCUAAUCAUUCUGUGCACCGUUUGGCUAUGCAUGGAUCUGGAUCGGUGUCACUAAAAGAGAUGGCCAAGAAUAUUAAGCAAUUGGAGGCGAAACUUAAAAUGACUGUAUCUGUGUGUAAACCAAAAGUAACUUUACCUUUGGCCGACAUAUGUAUAGAUGAAACAAUUCUUCGUAAAUAUCGAGAAGAUUUAAAGCUUAUAGUUGAUCUACACAAUGUUCUGCUGAAACAAAAGCGGGAAUAUCCUCAAGUUGAUUUCAGUGAAUGGUUGAAUUUUCUCCCAGAUUUUAUUCCCGAAAAAGAUGCAAGAUCCACAUCGUAA